CGGCGGCGGCGGCGGCGGCGGCGGCGGCGGCGGGUGCUGGGGGAGGCAUCUCGCGGAACCAGGGGCGGUGGCGCAAUGGAGGGACUGGAAGAAAAUGGAAGUGUCCAAGUGGGAGAAUUGUUACCUUGCAAGAUUUGUGGAAGAACGUUCUUUCCAGUGGCAUUAAAAAAACAUGGACCCAUUUGCCAGAAAACUGCCACUAAAAAACGGAAGACUUUUGAUUCAAGCAGACAGAGAGCUGAAGGAACUGAUAUUCCAACAGUAAAGCCUCUUAAACCUAGGCCUGAACCACCAAAGAAACCAUCUAAUUGGAGAAGAAAACAUGAAGAAUUCAUUGCCACCAUAAGAGCAGCUAAAGGCCUUGAUCAGGCACUUAAAGAGGGUGGAAAACUUCCUCCUCCUCCUCCACCUUCUUAUGAUCCUGAUUAUAUUCAGUGUCCAUAUUGCCAGAGGAGAUUUAAUGAAAAUGCAGCUGAUAGACAUAUUAAUUUCUGUAAAGAACAGGCAGCACGUAUUAGUAAUAAAGGCAAAUUUUCUACUGAUACCAAAGGAAAGGUGACUUCUCGGACACAGUAUAAGCCGCCUGCACUUAAAAAGUCAAAUUCUCCUGGAACUGCACCAUCAGGAUCUUCACGAUUACCACAACCAAGUGGCACUAGCAAAACUGUUGUAGGUGUGCCUUCAGGUAAAGUGUCUUCAGUUAGCAGCUCUUUGGGAAACAAACUUCAGACCUUAUCUCCCUCCCAUAAAGGGAUAGCAGCCCCUCAUGUAGGUAAGAUGGACAAGUUAGGCCCUCCACUUCGAACUGGAAGACAUGUGCAAAGGUUGUAUGACAGUGAUACAAAAUCAGACAGUGCCAUCAAAAGACAUGAGUUAUUACCCAUUUACAAAACUAACAUCAAACCUCGAAAUUCCACACCACCUAGUUUGGCACGAAAUCCUUCCUCAGGUGUUCUUACAAACAAAAGAAAAACAUAUACUGAGAGCUACAUAGCCAGAGACACAGUGAGAGAGGAAACACAAGCAGAGGGAGUGGGAGAGGGAGAAGCAGGCUCCCCGCAGAGCAGGGAGCCCUAUGCGGGGCUCAAUCCCAGGACCCAGGGAUCAUGACCUGAGCCGAAGGCAGACACUUAACGACUAAGCCACCCAGGCGCCCCUUGUGCUUAUAAUUUUAAAUCUCUGCUAUAUCUGUAGUUAUAUCCUUGUUUCAUUCUGAAUAUUGUUUAUUCCUUUUCUGUUGAUCAAUCUUAAAAGGUUGAUCUGUUGAUCAAUUUUAAAAGGACCAAAUAUUUUGCUUUGUUUAUCUUCUUCAUGUAUUACUCAUUCAUUCACUGACUCAUUAAAAAAUAUUUACUGAGAGAUGAGUUUAUGUCAGGUACUUCUCUUGAUCCUAGACAAAGAGCAGUAACAAAACAGAUAAAAAUCAGUGCACUUGGGGGAGCUCACAGUCUUAUGGAGAAGACAAGACGUAACAGAAAUGACAUACACCGCAUGUCAGAUGGAAAACAAGAAAGCAAAGGGUGACACAAUUUAGGGUGGCAGGGAGAGUGUCCAGAGCCAUGAGGGUUACAGUACAGGGGAUGAAGGAUGAAAGAAUUUAAGUGUAUAUAACUAAAUUAGAGCAAAGGACCUAACAAGAUUUAGCCUGAUGAUAGUGAUGAGAAUUCGAGUGAAAAGACUCCAUGGAUACAGUGAAAAUAGCAUGACACAUUGGGAGAAGUUAUGUAUAUGUUGUUUUAUAAUAUGUAUAAUAAUAUGUACAUAUUUAUUACAGUAUAUAUUUGGAGGAAAGACAUCCAUCUUUCCUCAGGGCGAGGUUCUAGUUUUCUCUUUAGAGAUGGUUUUGCACAAAGGACACUAUAAAUUUCCAUUCUAUCCCCAUUGUAGUAUAUGCCUAGUACAUUGAACAAAUGGAAAGUGUGGUGGUAUUUGCCCAGGAAAAAUUCUCAUAAACAGGGACAAAUAUAGUGCCAAAGAAAAUAUUUAGAAUUUCAUUAUUAACUAAAAGGGAUUUUUAAAAUCUGAACUAGAAAAAUAUUAAAACUGAGGUUAAGCAAGCUUUUGCUUAUACUUAGUAUUAAGUACUGUUUUCUAAGGGUUAUGAAAACUACUGACAAGAACUUUGUGUUUCUACUUUUCUUCCUGUACUC